AUGGUUGCCAACACAGAGCCCGCCAGUUACCAAGCCGCCAGUGCUUCUCUCAAGCUUGACAACCCCACAGCCAACAAGCCCCGUCAGGCCAAGCCUGCAGGUCCCCGCAAGCUCUUCUCUGAUCUCAACGCUACUUAUGGCGAUUGGCGCGAUGACCUCCAGAGAGAUGGCUACGCUGUUGUCAAGGGCGCUAUCCCUAAGGAUCGAGCUGAUCAGUAUGGAGAAGAGAUGAUGUCUUAUCUCGAGAACUUCAACGGUGGUAUGGGCUUCAAGCGCGACGACCCUAGCACUGUUAAGAACGAGACUCUGCCUGUUAUCACAGAAAAGGGCAUGAUCAUCGGCUACGGUGUUGCUCAUGAGAGCUUCACCUGGGGCAUCCGUCAAGAACCAGGCGUUGUCGAAGCCUUUGAGAAAGUCUACGACACAAAGGACCUCAUCGUUUCCUUUGACGCUAUCAACACUUCCUUCCCCAACCGCAAAGACGUCAAGCUCAACAAGCCCUGGCCCCAUCAAGAUCAAGACCCCCUCAAGCCUGGUUUCCGCUGCUUGCAAGGUCUCGUCAACAUUCUCCCCAACGGAGACAAGGACGGCGGUCUCAUCGUCUGCAAGGGCGCCCACCUACUCAGCGAAGAGUUCCAUGAGGAUUUCAAGAAUGAAGAAAACAGGAUAUGGGCUUGGACAAAGGAGUGGUACGGUUUCACCGAAGAGGGUAUGGAGUGGCUCAAGAACAAGGGCUGCGAAUGGAUCAAGAUCAACGCGGAGGCCGGCGAUCUUUUGGUCUGGGAUAGUCGCACUCCUCACUACAACGUCAGCCCUGAAGGAAACACGCCUCGUUUCUGCACUUAUACUUGCUACAUGCCAGCGGCCGAUGCUACACAGGAGGACUUGAUCAGGAAGAAGGGUGCUUUUGAGAACUUGCAGAGCACGACGCAUUGGCCUAAUGCUAUGCAUGUUGGUGGAAUUCCUGUUAUGCGCGAUGGAAAGCCUUGUCCUUAUAACACUAACAAGCCGAGAGAGGCGCCGAAGCUUACGGAGAGGGGCUUUGAGUUGACGGGUAUUCCAUACAUUGCUGCGUGA